ACCCAGCACUCAGCAUGUUAGCUCCGAGGAUGUCACGAGUGGACUUCAAUGUGGCAGGCUAGGACUACUAGACAAAUAUUAGUCAUUUAAUAAUAUUUUCCCACAUCUGCCAUGGCGUGACUGAAAUUAUACCCUUUGGCUCUGAAAGUAAUGGAGCAAUCUGAGGAGCACAGACAGUGUGGUAAAUGGAGAACUGCCUGUGGAUUGUACAACUGCAAGCCGAGGGAUGUUUUCACAUGGCAUCUGCUAAAGACUAUAGCCAUGGGCCAGCUCCUGUCCCUUUUGAUCUGUGGAACUGCCGUGAGCUGUGAGUACCUGGCCAAUGUGGAGACCACCAUGCUGCAGAGCUUCUUCACUUACGCCCUGCUGCUGCUGACUAACACCACAAUCCUUAGUGCACGCAAAGGUGACGAUAACCUCCUACAGAUUUUAAGACUCAAGUGGUGGAAGUAUCUGGUCAUGGGUAUAGCUGAUGUGGAGGCAAACUAUGUAGUUGUGAAGGCUUAUCAGUUCACCACUCUGACAAGCAUUCAGCUGUUGGACUGCUUUGUAAUCCCAGUGCUGAUGAUGCUAUCCUGGUUCUUCCUGAAGACGCGGUACAGGAUUAUCCACUUUAUAGCUGUGACAGUGUGCCUGUUUGGGGUGGGGGCCAUGGUUGGAGCUGACAUACAGGCCGGAAGAGAUACGGGUUCGACCAGGGAUGUGCUGCUUGGCGAUGGAUUGGUUCUGCUCAGUGCUGUCCUCUAUGCAGUAUCCAACAUAUGCCAGGAGCACACGGUGAAGAAGCUGAGCAGAGUCGAGUUUCUUGGCAUGAUGGGCCUCUUUGGAACUCUCAUUAGUGGUAUACAGCUAGCUGUUUUGGAAGCAAAUGCAAUAGCUGCAAUAAAAUGGGAUUUUCACAUAUCCAUGCUGUUUGCAGUCUACACCUUGUGUAUGUACGCACUUUACAGCUUCAUGCCAGUGGUCGUGAAGAUGACCAGUGCCACUGCGGUCAACCUCUCUCUGCUCACAGCAGAUCUCUUCAGCCUAUUCUGUGGCCUCUUUCUUUUCCACUACAAGUUCUCAGCUCUGUACAUCCUCUCCUUUGUUGUCAUCAUUGUGGGUUUUGUAAUGUUUAAUGCCAUCCCAACAUACUCGGCUUUACCUGGCGACUAUGCUGAGGAGAAUGAUGACCACGGGACUGAGAGCUUCUCAGACCGAAGGCUGGGCGCACACAGAGAGACUCAGAGACCUGAGGCAGGCACAGCAGUCUCUGCACUAUGACCAAAGAGUGAUUUUUUUAACCCCCCCCCCCAAUAUUGUCAGUUUUUCAGUUGUACUGUUACAGUAGCAUUCUCACUGCAAGAUUGUUGUUCUAUUUGUAAGUUCAAUUUUUUUUUACUGUCAUGACGUUGGUAACUGGGAUGUCAGCUUUUUAUUAAAUGAUUGAUUAUUGUUCUAAGCUGCUCAACCCUCUCUACCCUCCUUUUUCCUAAAAAAAACAAACAAUUUGAUUAAAUGUUUUACACUGAAAAUGAAGCAUGCAACUGUGCAGUAGGAGUUAAACUUUUUUACUAAUACAUUUUGUGUAUUCUCUGUGACCUGUGUAAUUUCUGAUUUCCUCAACUCAGUAUGUAUGUAGUAGACCCAUUUGCAUAGAGCUAAUAGCCUCAUACCUUAUUAUUAAGUCUGUUGAGGAAACCUCUAAAUCAUAGAACUUUAAAUCCUUAAUGUUAAAUCCUCCUCUAGCAACUCACUCAAGGUAAAGUAACUGUGGAACUGGUGUUGUAGUUUAAUGUUAAACCCUCUUUUUGUAAGUCGCUUCAGAUAAAAAGGUCUGCUAAAUGUGAAUCUUUCUUAGCCACUGUAGAAACAAGAUGCCUUAUGAUUUAAAGCAUGGGCAGUUAGUAAAGAUCACACUUCACUUCACUUAAACCAUUAUUAUCAAUAUAGUCCUACUCCAUGCAUUUAUAAGACAGUUCAAUAUUCUGUUACAUACUAACUUUGAAACAAUUAGUUCAGUACAAAUUAAUUCAAUUCUUCCGACAGUUACAGUUUUAUGUUUUAUACCUUUUCUCUACAACCAUGUAUUUAAGCAACAAAAUAAUUGUUCUUUGUUUUGUUCUGAAGUUGUGGGCAGUAGCACCACGAAGCAAAUGUCUUUGAUUCCAUCAAUUGUUAAGUCAGAAAUCAAGACAUCCCAGCCCGAGGAUGCUACAGGGCAGUUUCAGGCCAGCGAAUGUGCACAGCAAAAGCCACUGUGUUUAAAGAUGUUUUAGUCUUUAAAUUGUCAUAACUCCAUCCUUGAUGAGAGCCACCACAUUUUUAAUCAUAGGAUGUUAAACACAUUACAGCUGUACGAUCAACAAUUGAAAUUGAAAACAAAGCCAUUAAAAUGGAGGCAGACAGCAUUAGGCUUUACUUCUCUGGCACGUUUGCACAUUUUUGUGUUGCGUUUAAAAAAAUAUAUAUAUUCCAAGAGAUAACUCAAAUUAUCUGGUCUGGUUCUGGCAAUGGUUUCCCCAGGUCCUUCUUACACAUCCUUGUCAGAGGAUUACAUCGAAGUGAUGUGAUACAGCAUACUAUUUCUCAGACUUCAAAUAAAAUGUUUCAGACCAGUUUGGAAUUAAUUGAAAUGUAUCAAAUGAUGAUUGUGUCCCACUGAAUAAAAAUUGACUAUAUCUUUGAAAUUACAUGAGAGAAAACAUACAAAUAAACAAACACCCACAGAGACUUGCAUUUACUCUUA